AAACAAACGAGUCCACGCGUUCAAUAUCGCGGAAGUAUAUUGUGUGUAUGUUAAUCAAAGGAUAUGAAACACCAAUGGUUGUCCCUAGUCCUUAUCAUGGCUUUCCUUCAGUCACCCAGCAGCGCCAAAGUUUUCAGGGAUGAUAAACUGCAUACAGAUUUCCAAACGUCCAAUGCGGACUUCACCUUGGAGAUUUAUAAGCGUUUGACUAAAAUGUCCACAGACGGAAAUUUGUUCUUCUCGCCUUUCUCAAUCUCCGCCGCCAUGUCCAUGGUUUAUCUUGGUGCCAGGGAGCAGACGGCAGACCAGAUGAUUCCCGCGCUUCGUAUUCAAUCCUUAGGUCAGCGAGUGCACGAUGCUUAUGAGGAUUACUUGAAGGUGGUUUUAGAUAAAAACGAUAACGUCACACUUCAGAUUGCCAACAGACUGUAUCCUGACAGUAAGACGGACAUUGUACCAUCUUUCAUUGAGCUAUGUGCUAAGCACUACCAAGCUGACACCAAAACAAUGGACUAUGGACAAUUUGAAACUGCAAGAAAAGAAAUUAACGAAUGGGUAAGCCAACAGACAGCAGAGAAAAUAAAAGACCUUCUUCCUGAGGGAUCUCUCAAUUCAUUAACAAUGAUGGUAUUGGUAAACGCUAUCUACUUCAAAGGUGACUGGGAAACAAAAUUUGAUGAAAAAGCUACCAGGGAUAUGACCUUUCAUAACCUCAAAGGUCAACAAAAGACUGUGAAAAUGAUGUUUCAGAAAGCUACACAAUUUCCGCUUAAAUACGAUGGUGAAUUAAAAUGUAAGGUUUUGGAAUUGCCUUACAAAGGAAACAGCCUCUCAAUGGUCAUUAUUUUGCCUGAGGAUAGAGACGGAUUGCCUGCUCUUGAAGAGAAAUUAAGCUCGUCCGUAAUUAAAGGACUUACGACAGAAAUGUCACCUAUAGAAGUGGAAGUGUUUCUCCCAAAAUUUAAACUUAAAUCGGGAUUUGAGCUUUCAAAAAUGUUCAAAAGCAUGGGAAUGACAGAUCUGUUUGAUGGAUACAAAGCCGACUUGACUGGCAUAGACGCCGCCAAGAUGUCGCAUGUGUCCGCCAUCUUUCACCAAGCUUUUGUGGACGUAAACGAGGAAGGCACCGAAGCAGCUGCAGCCACAGCCGUUACAAUGGAGACAUUUUCAUCUCCAGGUCCACCAUUACAAUUCAAGGCCGAUCACCCAUUCAUGUUCGUUAUCAAAGACAAUCGGUCCGACACAAUUUUGUUUGUUGGAAGAUUUGCUGAUGUUGUUCAGGCACAAGAAAAAGAUGAAUUAUAGAAAACCCAUUUGUUCAAUUUCAUUGAUACAGAUAAUGUGGUGCUGACGUACUUGCCUUCUGGUUAUCACAACUGAACCCUGUCCUAGUUUGUUGGUGUAUAUGAGACUGAAAUCAUCACCGUAUACUAUACUGUUACUAUUGCUGUCAUUCUUAUAUCCUAUAUACUGAGUAUAUAGUAUAAUCUUCAUACUGAUAACAUUGCAUUGAUCAUCUUUGUUGAUAUGGAUAUCUAGAUUUCCUUCCCUGUCCCUUACUUUUUGGAUCUCUUGAUUGGUUAUCGACAUAUUUACAUUCCGUGAGCUUGUUUUCGCUACCAUAUGAUGUUUAGACUGUGAUUGCCAUUGCCGAAGAUGAGCUAGUGGAAAGAAACAACUAGGUAACGAUUUGUUAUUUGACAACGUGUUUUGCAAUUCUUCCUGAAGAACUUAAUUUCGAAUUGAGAUGCUUGAUGACAAUGAUUUUUUUAUUAUCUUUUAUAUAAAUAUUGAUACACAUUUUUAAAAUGAUCAGUCAUAUAUAUUUAUUUGCAUUAUCUUUUUUUUCAAUUCGGGAAACUGUUUUAUCGGUGAACCAAAUAUUUUGUUUUUGGAACGGACGUGUGCUGGCACAAUGUCUUUUAUUGUUAUACGGAAUACAAAUGUAAAAAUCAGUGUUUGGAAAAUGUGUACUAUUUCAGGAAUCGUUACUCGCACACACGUGACUCCUGUCUAUUUUAUCCAUGUAGUAUUAUUACAAAAAUCAACCGAGAUUAAUUUUUAUCUAAGACUCGUAAACAUAUAUCUAUAGAAUAGUUUUACGGUAUACGCUUGGGUAUCGCUAUUUUAAAAUUCCAUUUCAUUAUAUAUAAGAGAAAACCAUCGUUUAAUAAAUAUUAAAUACAGUUUUAAUCGCUUUAAGGAAAUUUAAAAAAGCAUAUGGACGUUAAAGCUCGUCAUAUCUAUAGACAUCAAAAACGAUAACACGAGUGGAAACUGAACUAAAGGAAGUGAUGUAUAUGUACAGUCGUGUAAGUCGAACUUCAUAUCGCAUUGUGGUGACGAUCUUCAAUCUCGGGUAGAUGUUAUCUUGGUUUUAAAGGUAUUCAUCACCAGCAAUAUUUAAAAAGUGAUCCUCGCAGCCUUUCAUGAUCAGCUUGUAUUUAUUUUGAGGUAGACAAUGGUGUGCUUUAGUCACAUGUAUCGCUUUGUUUCAUUUAUAUUGUAUUCCUUUUGUUGCGUUUAAGAGUAAUUUUAAUUGUUAGUUAUGAACAACAGUGGUAUUAUUGACUAGUUUUAACAAUAUCUAAAGGUUGAACAUGAUUUAAUUGAUGAUCAAUGUUUAAGCUGUUGAAUGUAAUUUGAUUUACCAAUAUUUUAUUUUAGUUAAAUAAAAUAUAUAUUUUACGAAUUUA